CAGAUAUUGACUUGCGAUUGAGGGUAAAUUUCAAAAGUCACAACACCAUGCUACCACGACUACUACGCUCAAGUGUGCUACCCCGAUUUCUAAAUGUGCGGGGAAUAGUACCAAGGAACAACUUCAUACAAAAACGAACACUAAUAGCCGCACCCAAAGAAGGCGAUGGACCUCUAAUGAGUCGACGAGCGGACCGAGAACUCCCAGGUAGAUUUUCCCUCCUAAAUUUAAGAACCCCUCCCUCUAACUGCAUUCAGAUAUCCCAGAAAAUGGCAUGAAAUGGGUCCGCACCAUCCCCAUCUUCCUCGUCGUCCUCAUCUCCUCCACCCUCGCAAUCUUCAACUACCAAAAGUCCUCCUCCUCCGUCGUAUCCUCGACACUCUACGCCCUGCGCACCUCGCCCAAGGCACGCGAAUACCUCGGCGACGAGAUCUACUUUGCGCAUAAAAUGCCUUGGAUCUGGGGCGAGAUGAACCAGCUACAUGGACGUAUAAAUAUUCAUUUUGAGGUGAUGGGGACGAGGGCGAAGGGCACGAUGAGGUUUACUAGUCAUCGACCGACGAGGUUGGGGAUGUUUGAGACUACCGAGUGGAGUUUGGAGACUUAUGAGUUGGUGGAGGUGGAGGGCGUCAUGAGGAGGAGGAAGAUUGAUUUGCUGGAUGGGGAGGAUCCGUUUAAGGGGAUGGAGGUUGAUGCUGAGGAGGUUAAGAGUGUGGGGAGGGGAAGUUAUGCUCCGAAUUUGUCGGGCUAGGACUUUGUUUCCCUGACGAGGGGGAAGCUGUGCGCUAUGAAGGAGUUUAAAAGAAGCUGUAAAAUAGGGAAGCCAAAGGAACGUAAAAGAAAGAAUUGAGAAGGAAACUCGGUUCAAGCAUUG